AUGCCGCCCAAACGCAUGACCGCGAACCCGGUCCGUCCGGCACGUUAUCGCGCUGGAAAACCUCUACCGGGCGAUCGAUCCGAAGACUCUGGCGACGAGGAUGACGAAGAAAACGAAGAUGAUGAUGAUGCCGAGGAAGUUGAGCAGAAACAACAAGCGGCACCGGUUCAUCGUCCUGCGCAGGCAGGGACUAUUAUAUCGACAGGUCUACAAAAAGUCGACUUAAACCAAACUUUUCAAAAACAUAGCGAUGAUGAGGAAUCAUCCGAAGAAGAAGAAGAAGAUGAUGAUGAUGAAAAAGAAGACGAUGAAGACGCCCAAGGCGAUUACUUAAAACCUUCACGACCAGCACCCUCCGGCGACUACGAAUCCUCAGGCUCAGACGACUCUUCGGAUGAAGACUCAUCAUCAGAAGACGAAACCUUCAAAAGAAGAAAACUGAUCCGUCCAACAUUCAUCCCAAAAUCGAAACGUAACCUCCCGGAACCAACAACAACAAUCGCAGACUCAACAUCCGCCGCUACAAUCGCUCAACGGAAAGCAGAAGCUCACAAUCUCGUCGAAUCCGCCAUUCGUCGCGAAGCAGUCGAGAACAACGCUAGAUCCAAAAAAUCUUUGGACGCAGACGUCACAUACACCGAACCUCCAGAUGAUACCGAUGAUCUCGAUCCAGCUGCCGAAAGGGCAGCAUGGAAGCUCCGAGAACUACUAAGGAUAAAACGUGCGAGAGAUGCAAUUGAAACCAUGGAAAAGGAACGUGAAGAGAUCGAAGCUAGAAGGGCGAUGGAUACCGACGAACGACUAAAAUCCGACCUUGAAUUCGUUGCUAAACAACGGCAGGAGGCACAAGAUAAGAAAGGGAAGAUGGGGUUCAUGCAAAAGUUCUAUCAUAAAGGUGCUUUCUAUCAAGAUGAUGAAAGUGAGGUUAUGACAAGGAGUUAUGCGACGGCAAAGGUGGAGGAUAGAGUUGUCAAUCUGGAUGUAUUGCCCAAGGCGCUGCAGGUUCGGAGUUUGGAUCAGUUAGGAAAGAGAGGAAGGACGAAGUGGACACAUUUGGCAGCUGAGGAUACAACCAGCCUAGGAAGGGAAGAAGGUUAUGGAUUUGCCGGGCAGGCAAUGAGGAAACCGAAGAAGUUCGAAGAUUUGAAGGGAGUGAGCGAUGAGAGGUUCAUGUCGGAUAGAGAAAGGGAGAAGAGGGGGGCAGCAGAACGAGGGAAUACGGAUACGAGAAAUUCAGGAGGUAGGGAUGCGAGAAGAGAUGACAGGAGGGAUGAUAGAAGAGAUGACCGAAGAGAUGACCGAAGAGGCGAUAGACGGGACGAUAGAAAAGAUGGAGAUAGCUAUCGUCCAGGUCACGAUAGGAGUCGGAGGGAUGACGAUUAUAGGCGGAGAGAUCGGUCGAGGAGUCCUCGAAGAGGCCGCCAUGAUGAUAGAAAGGACCGAGACUACGACUCCAGACGGGAUGGUAGGAGAUCAGAUCACGAUAGAGAAGACCGUCGCGAUGGUGACAAAGGAGGGUCCACAUAUAAAUCCCGUUGGGAUGACAGAACGGACCGAAAACGUGGCGGCGAUGAUGACCACCUUGAUGAGAAACGACGGAAGAUUGAUACUUAA